AUGGACGAGUCCGCCAAGCCGAUGACCAUCCUUUGGAAGCGAAAUGAGUAUCGGAGAUAUGAUGUCGAGACGGAUAUGACUACUAGACCGGCCAUGGUGGGCCCUGUGAAGGAACAGCGGACCGGGCGCCUUGUGGCUUACAUGAGCCCGCGCUUACUACGCACAGUUGCGGCCGAGACGGAAAAUGCACCCCAGGAUGACGGGAGACGGAGCUCGGGCAGUCCUCCCCGUCGCUUGUCUGGGACUGGCGGUAGGGGGGCGGGUGUGUUGGGGAAAACGAGCGAAGGUUGCUUAGGCUUACAGUAA